UACCUCAAUAGAAGAAAAUUCAAAACACUGCAAAGAGUCGGUGAUGCAGUGCAAAUGAAGAAUUUAGAAUAUUUUUGAUUAAAUUUAACUACCAAAUUGUUUAGCAGUUUUUAUAAUAUUCGCAAACCAAUCACACACAAUUUAUUAUAUUGCUAAACAGCGUCAAAGCCACCAUCAGCAAACCAAUUCAGAUUUGAAAAAAAAAUGUAUGCUGCAAACGCGUGCUGAAAACCUCCAGUUUAGGUACUCAAAUUUGGGCGAACCUGAUCGCAGUUUUAGUAUCGGCAGCUUAUUUGCCGUGUUCCAAUGGUCAAUAAUCGGGAUUCGGAUAUCUUGCAUGCAUAUACAAAUCUGUAAACGUUCUCUGGCCAAACCGUGUAAUGUAUCAUUCCUUAUCGGAAAAACUGAUUGUACGAGCGAGAAUAAUUGUGUAAUGAGCAGACAGAAUUCUGCUGCCGAGUCCCCGACGACGUGCAGGUAGAAGUUACUCUAACAAUUUUACUUCGCAUGGCCAGACCUUACAAUUUAUCCUUGGAACAGGCCCCAAAUAUCACGCGCAACAUUCGCCGAUGAUCAUAAAUAAAAGGGCAUAGAGUUCAUAAACAUUUGAAUCGUUGAUUUUACUGUCUACUGCCUGGCAGCCUUAAACUAGAACUGACAUUUCGCCGUGACUGAAUACGAAAUCAUGCAUACGGAUUUAUCUCCUCAUCUGCAUACGUCCGAGUGCAAUCAACUAAUCGAACAACUCGCCACCUGUCAUACAGAGAACAAAUUUAGCAAAUUUUUAGGUGUCUGCAACGAGUUCGACUCUCAGUUAGUCAAGUGCUUGAAGCGCGAACGCCAAGCGCGUGCUGCUGCUAAUCGUGUUAAAGCGGCUGAGCGACAAAAGCUCGUAAGGGAGCGGAUGCUUUCUUCAUAA